GUCAUCGACUUGACUUCUCAUGACUUCUCACGACUUCUCACGACUUUUCCAUGAUUUCUCAUCUCGCAUCACUGAAAACAAGAAAAUAAAAAGCCGAAAUCAUGCCAGCCCGCGUCCCAACCGAAGCAGACUUCACCUCCCUCUCCUCCAUCCUCCCCCUCACCCUCACCUGGCCACAACCCGCCGAACUAACCACCUCCUUCCUCAUCCUCUUCCAUGGCCUAGGCGACUCCGAAACCCCCUUCGCGUCCUUCGCGAAGAACAUGUCCCUCCCCGGUGUCCUCUGCAUCUCCGUCCGCGGAACCAGUCCCCUGCCCGCCGCUCUCCUGGGAACCGAGCCGGGCAUGGCGACCGGUAGCGGCAGCGGCAGCGGCGGCGGCGGCGACGGCGGCCAUUAUUUCCACUGGGGCGACGACAUCAAAGUCGACCCAUCCACCGACGAGCUCGACCCGGACCCGGGGUUCACGCGGGCAAGAGACGUGGUUCUGGACCGGCUGGUGCGGCAUGUCCUCCUCGAGAGGUGCGGCUGGACCACGGAUGAUGUCAUGCUCUUUGGGUUCGGCCAGGGGGGUUCGCUGGCGCUGGGGCUGGCGGCUGCGUUGCGGGCUGGGCCCCGUGUGGUGGACGUGAGUGCGAGCACGGGGGCCGCCUCGGCGGGGAAGGACGAGGACGAGGACGAGGACAAGGACAAGGACAAGGAAAAGAAAAAUGAGAAAGGGCGGAAAUUCAAGGGCGUCGUGUCGAUUGGUGGGCCGCUACCACCUUCUCUGGUCCCGAGCAUGGGGUCGAGUAGUCGGACCAAGUCCCGCACACCGGUGUUGGUGUGUCAGCUUGACGAGGAAGAGUCCGAUGCUGUGCGGGAGGAGUUUGCACAGGUCGAGGUGGUGAGGUGGCCGAGGGAGGUGGCAAUGCCACGGGACAGGGUGGAGAUGUUUCCCAUUAUGAAGUUCUUUGCCGAGCGGUUGAAGGCUGGGUGGUGAUGUGUUGUGGUUUUUUUUUUUUUUUUCCUCAUCACCAAUUGCUAGUUGCCAGUUAAACCCUGUCGAGAAGCCAAAGUAUUGAUGGGCAAGUUGCCCCUUCACUUCAGGGACAUAUGGGACGCACAAAGCCACUACAUACAGUACUCCAUACUCGAAGCUCACGAGCUCACGAGACUUGC